AUGAAUUUCCUUCAUAGAGAAGGAAAAGCGGCUCUGAAUGUGCAUCAGCCAAAGAAAUAUCUGAAACUCAGUUUAUUAGACAAGGAUUCAGAUGAUGUCCCAGCCGAACUCGAUGGUGCUCGUCUCUGCACCGCGACAGCAGCAUUGGCAAGGAGUUCAGCAGCUUCCCAAUCAACGGCCACAAUCCAUGCAAUUCCAGGCGAUCCGGCAACAGCACCAACGACAGGUAUACCUUGUAAAGAAAUCAAAGCCUUUGAAAUUGAAUUUGUGUCAUUUUUUCACCGUAUCAAUGUCAUUGAAUUCAAGGUUCAAAUGCAACGAUUUCCUCCGCAGCGAUUUGCACCCGGACCACCUCCGGCUCCCUUUCAUCAGCGACCACAAGUUCAGGUCUCAAAUUCGGUUCCGAACAAGUCGCAAGUUCCGCAGAAGUUCGAGCCACGUCUGGAAAUCCAGCAGCGGGCCAUCGACUUCUUAAAUCCCCGUAAUGCGCAGAUUCGCGUCCCACCACCUCCAGCGAGAUUCAUUCCGCAUCUCGCUGACAUCUACGGGAAACCAAUGCCGGAUCGACCUUAUUCACCAUCAAAGUUCGCCUUCAAUUCCUCAAUCACCUCCGAGCCCCUACCAGAUGUACUGUAUGAAGGCGACGAGAAAAAUGUAAAUGGUAUUCAUGUUAGUUAUAUUGAAGAUAUCGGAAAGACUUCUCCAGUUAAAAAGUUUGGACGAGUUUUGAAGCCACAACCGAACGUAUCAAACAAGGAGGAGCAAUUGAGAGUGAGUGGGCGACGGACCACUAGCGACGAUGGUUCGUUCGUGUGCUGCUCAACUGUUAUUGGUCACGAAGUCUCAUAA